CGAGGAUAUGCGAUCAAGCUCAUCAUCUGAGAAUUUUUCUGAACCUCAAAGAAAUCAAGUUAUGAUACCACAAGCAAACAAAACAGAAUUAACUGCUUCACCAGGGUCAAGUAACCAUAGCAACACUUGUGCAUCUGCUAGUUCAAAUGCAACUGACCUUCAGCUUUUAGGAGAAACCUUUGCACGAUGGUUUUAUAAAGUUUUAAACAGUCAAAACCCACAUAUGGGGGUGAGUGUAGAAGAAUUUGGGCCGUGCCAUUUCUGGGAUGAAGCUAGAUUGAUGUUAUUAAUAGUGACAGAUGAUCAGUCCACAAAAGAUGAACUUUCAGGAUCACAAUUUGUUUCAGAUAGACUCUUGUUAUUUACUAAGAGUGAAUUUUUGUUAUUUAAUCCAAAUAUUAGCCGUGAUGGAUUACUUGUUAAGUCUGAGCGCCAUGGAAUGGUAGUUGUAUUAGUGUGUGGAACAAUUCAUAGACAAAAUCAACAUUUAGGUGUGUUUGAUCAAAUGUUUGGAUUGGUGAAAGAUCCUAGAUUUAAUGACAAUUAUAAAAUAAAGCUGACUAAAUUAAAACUUCAUAACAUCAAUGUUGAUCAUGUACCUGCACUAAAGGAUAGACCUGAAAGUGAAAUAAAAGAUUUAAUAGCAGUAUAAUGUUAAAUGUAUAAGAAUAUAAAGUUAUAAAUGAAUUUUGUGAUAUAGAAGAGGAACUUUUAAAACAUUGCUGAAAUUUUAAAAGAAAAGUGACUAUUUGUGUUGAAUACCACAUCCACAAAAGAUUCAAAAUAAUAAUGCAGAGUUUUUCAAUUUUAUUUAAAAAUACAUAAUUUUGUUGUGUAGAAUGUGUUGAUUUUACUGUUGUAUUUUCUUUUUCUGAAAUUUAUCAGUUUCGAAAUGGCAUUAUCACAUAGUUGACUUUUCCAUAUACUAGUAUAUGCAAUGUACAUGUACAUGUAUCAAUGAUUUUAAGAUAUUGCCAUAGAUCAGCUUCUUAUAUCCUCAUUUUUGUGAGAAAUUGCUUGCCUUUGCUGUCAAUUCAAUGGUCUCUGCUAGAUAAUAGAUUAUAUUUCUUGAA